UUAGUCACAGUGUGUGGACAAGAAGUCAAGAACUAGCCAAAAUUCCAGGCCCCACACUGGCUGGUGUCAUUUGCUUAUCAUUGAAGCACUGAGCAACUUGCAGCUAAAUCAACAAAAACCUUGGACACAAUCCACACAGAACGAAAGACAUGGCUGAAUCUUCCACUCCUGCCAAGGCCGAAUUAUUAGCAACCAAAACUGUGCAAGAGCUACUCACUGAAGGAGAACUACUUGUACCACCACAGAAAUUUAUUCUGAAAGAUGGCAUCCCACUUCCAAAUGCUUCUGUUGAGUUGAUGGAUGUUCCAGUUAUUGAUCUUGGUCUCCUCACACCUUCCUCAUUCAGUGUGGAAGAACUUGACAAACUCAGAUCAGCUCUUACCACAGGGUGUUGCUUUCAUGUAAUAAACCAUGGAAUGACUCCUGAAUUCCUUGACAAAGUCCGUGAAAUCACGAAACAGUUUUUCGCAAUUCCAGUGGAAGAGAAGCAGAAAUAUUUGAGGCCAGUCGACGAUUAUGAAGGAUAUGGGAAUGACAUGGUUUUGUCAGAGCAGCAAACACUUGAUUGGACCGACCGACUAUACCUUACUGCAUAUCCACCAGACCAGCGCAGGCUCAAGUUUUGGCCUGAAAAACCCAAAUCUUUUAGGGAUACUCUAGACCAAUAUACCAGUAAGUUACAGGUGAUAACAGAAACUGUCCUUAAGGCCAUGGCGCGGUCAUUGAAUUUGGAGGAAGCUUGCUUUCUGGACAAGUUUGGAGAACAAGGAAAAAUGGAUGCUAGGUUUAACUUCUAUCCUCCAUGUUCAAGGCCUGAUCGCAUCCUCGGUUUCAAGCCACAUGCAGAUAGUUCAAUAAUCACCAUUGUCUUGCAAGAUAAAGAAGUGGAAGGUCUUCAAUUUCUGAAAGAUGAUCAGUGGUUUAGGGCUCCCAUUGUUCCUGAGGCGCUUCUCAUUAAUGUUGGUGAUCAAGUAGAGAUAUUAACUAAUGGACUAUUCAAGAGCCCAGUGCACAAGGUAGUGAUAAAUGGAGAAAAGGAGAGGAUUUCUUUGGCUGUGUUCUGUUUCCCGGAUUCAGAGACAGAGAUUAAACCCUUUAAAAGCCUUAUCAAUGAGUCAAGGCCAAGGUUGUACAAAAAGAUGAAAAACUACGGUGACAUCUUUUUCGAAUACUACCAGCAGGGAAGAAGACCAAUUGAAGCAGCAAUAAUAUAACCUUGAUUAUGUAUCUCCUAAACGGCUUGUACCGGAAAAUGAAUAACAAAGCAGCAGUAAUAUAACCUUGAUUCAUAAUCUCUUAUGGCUUGUACCCAAAGAUGAAUAACUUCGAGUUGUAUUACUGAGAAAAUGGUUGCAUGAUUCCUAAGCAGAUGUUGUUAUUUUUGUUUUCUUCUAUUUUAUCUUAAUUUGGUUCUAAUGGGAUGAAGAUAGAAUUGGGGAAGCAUAAAUAUAAGAAAGAUCAGCAUUCAAUAAACAAUACAUACGGGAGCUUCCCUUGACACCAAAAUGGAGCUCCACGUCUGCUACUCUAAUAAAGAUACAACACCACCACAUAGUCAGUACCAAAGAUGGAGGGAAAGCCAAAAACCUCCGACAGAUUAAACACAUCACAACUUUGGAUAAGGGCAAUGUCUUCUUACCAAUCCAUCAUGCCUGUUCAAUGUUGAUCAAUUACUUCUUCAUGUAGUGCAUUCGACUUAAAUAACUCAAUUGUCCACUAUUGCUCAAGAACAACCAAUCCCACAAUCUAUUCCUUUAUCAAUGUCCUAAACAACUUCAACCACAACCUGCUCCAGAAUUCACUUCAGAUAAAGCUUAUUGUGGAACCAACUUCAAGCAGCUCAAUUGCAGACUAGCAACAAUGUCUUCACUGAUUGAUUCCCUUCAGGUGCAGUGAUCAGCAAGCUCCUCCAACAGGAAC